UGGGAAAGCGGCUCAUCUAAUUGAAAUCCGUCUGGAUUUUGCCCUGCCGGGAUCUGUUCUAUGCAAGACAUCAACAUCAGCAUGGGAAAAGGCUGUUAUAACAUGAUGGCUGCGGUGCUGUUGCUGAUGCAUGUCGAGAAGACGACAGCAAUGCUGGAGCCCUGCGGCCACUGUGAGCCUGGAACUUUUUGUGACAUCCACAAGAACCAGACUUGCACUGCCUGUCCUUCAAAUAGUUUCUCCAGCACAAGGGGACAGAGGACCUGUACAAUAUGCAAGCUGUGUGAAGGGAUUUUCAAGGUCAAGAAGCCGUGCUCCAAGACCAGCAAUACGGAGUGCCAGUGCAGCUCGGGGUUCCACUGCGCCGGGGCCGACUGCAGCAUGUGCGCGCCAGACUGCCCGCCCGGGGCAGGAGCAGCCGGCGCUGGUUCUGUGAGACUGGACAAAGGGGAGUUGGAGGAGGACGGGCGUUGGGACCGCCAGGCCGGGCUGCCCCCGGGCCUCCAGCAGGCCUCAGCAGCCCUGCCCGCGGCCGCCCGAUCCUCUCACAUCAAGAUGGUGGCUGAGCGAGCCACUGCCACCCUCUAUGUGCCCUUGGCACCGCUGCCACUUAGCGCCUCAGUGAGCCCCAGCCCCGGGGCGGGACCCUGUGUCUGGGGCGCCCCGAUGCCGCCCAGCCAAGACUGCGGUUUCGGGACGUUCAAGGACCUGAGCCGAGGCGACUGCCGGCCCUGGACAGACUGUUCUUUGAAUGGAAAGUUUGUGCUUGUGAACGGGACGAAGGACAGUGAUGUGGUGUGUGGCCCGCCCGCCGCCGACCUCUUUCCAGGUAACGCCACCCGGAUCCUGGUCAUCUUGCUGGCGCUGACGUCAGCCAUGGUGCUGGUCCUGUUGCUCUGCCUCGCGCACCGUCUGUCUGUCGUCAAGCACAGCAGGAAGAAACUCCUGGACAUGGUCAAGCAACCAUUUAUGAAGCCAAUCCAAGUUGCCCAAGAAGAAGACGGCUGUAGCUGCCGGUUUCCGGAAGAAGAAGAAUAUGAAAUAUGA